CAGAAUUUGGAGCGUGUUCUCCGAGACCUGGUGACAGAGAAUGCUCAUCUCCAGUCUCGUGUGAAGGCUAAAGAUACGGAGUUAGCUGCAGCACAGCAGCAAUUGAGACGUAAUGAAGAAGCAACUGAGAGGGAGAUGCUGACACUCCGACAAGAGCUCACAAGAAAGACAACAGAAGUGACAACAGAUAAAUCGGAGCUGACAAGAAAGGAAGUUGACUUCGCUGAAACUCAGCAACAGUUGAUACAAAAGGAGACAGAGCUGACGAGAAAUAGAGCAGAGCUGACAAGAAACGAGGCAGAACUGACGAGAAAAGAGGCAGAGGUGGCAAGAAAGGAGGCAGAGCUGACAAGAAAGGAGGCAGAGGUGACGAAAAAGGAGGCAGAGGUGAUGAGGGCAGAGGAGACUAUGAGGAGAGAGCAGCAGCAGAUUCAGGAGAUGAGACAGAGAGAGACUGAGUUAGUGCAGGCCAAGGACAAGGAGAUAGCUCUGCUUCAGCAGCAACUGGGGGGAAAGCACUCUUACACAUGUCAGGUCAGUGGACCUGGUCUAACAUCAGCCACAGUCAACCAACCAACACACAUCCUAGUCCAACUAAAUGACUCUAGUGGUAGACCAUACUCACUUCCACUCAAUGUCACAGCACAACUUGAGCUCGUUUCAAAAGCCACACCCACAAAUCCACCUGAAGCCACACCCACUAGUCCACCCGUAGUGACGGUCACCGAAGCAAUGAUGCCCACUAGUAGAUGGCCGUGGUCUAAAAAACCUCCCAUCCGAUACGAGAUGACGUACACACCAGUCAGUCGAGGCCAACACAAACUCCAUGUUCAAGUCAAUCACAGAGAAAUCAAUGGCAGCCCCUUCACUGUGACCGUGUACCCUGACCCCAGACAACUAGGCCACCCUGUGAGGACUGUGACUGGAUUGAACAAACCGUAUGGAAUUGCCUUCAACAGUCAUCAGGAGAUGAUUGUCAGUGAAUGUGAGGGUCAUAGAGUGUCUAUCUUUGACAACAGAGGACAGAAAAUCCGAACAUUUGGAUCCCAUGGUGACAGUCCAGAUCAGAUGGAAUACCCAGCAUGCAUAGCAACCCGAUGAUAGUGACAAUAUUUAUGUGAGCAGUUGUCACAAGCUGCAGAAGUUCACUAGCAGUGGUGAACUGAUCAAAUGUAUUGGUCGGUGGGGCAGUAAGGAGGGGGAGUUUAAUGAUCCACGUGGAGUGACACUGUAUGACAAUCAAGUGUAUGUGUGUGAUCGUGAUAACCAUCGCAUUCAGGUGUUUGACCCCGACUUGAACUUUGUCCGAUCCAUUGGCUCACAUGGCAAAGGAAGAGGCGAAUUCAAUAAACCAUAUGAUGUCAAAUUUGACACUGCCGGGAACAUGUGUGUAGCUGAGCAGGGUAAUGGGAGAGUGCAAGUAAUGGACACCAGUGGCCAAUUCAUACGAGUAUUUGGUCAGGAAGGAGAGGGAAUACUGCAUCGGCCAUCAGGUCUUCAUAUUGCUGACAAGUAUGUGUAUGUGUCUGAUUUCAUUAGUCAUUGUAUUGUAGUGUAUGAGACCUCAGGUCAGUUUGUCAACUCCUUUGGAAGGCCUGGUCAGAAUGAGGGAGAGUUUUGUGGUCCAUUCUGUAUCACCUCUUGUGCUGAUGGUUUUAUACAUGUAUGUGAUAGUUGGAACUUCAGAGUUCAAAUGCUCUAGAACACCCAAUGCUAUUGCAUCCACACAUUUAUCAUAACAGUCGAUCUCCCAUUUCCUACCACUUGUUGCUCUCCUUAAAACCCCUUCAGAGACAUUAUAAAAUCACAAUACCUUAUUUCGCAUGUUUCAUGUAAUUGUAUGCACUAUCGUCUAUGUAGCAUAAAAAUUGUGUGCUUCAGUAUUCAGUAUUGCACUUCAUGUUUGUAACAAUGUGUUAAUAGUGCAGUUCUCUAUAAACUAUUAUGCUGAUGUUACAGUUGAAUUGUAUUCCUCAUUUCGUUAAUUAGCAUGUUUUGUAACACAGUAUAGUAAAUCUCUUGUUCUAAUUUCUAAUGAUUCAUGCAUUAUAUUAUUCGUGUCAAUUA